UUGUGAGCAGAGCGCACCUUUGCCUUGACAAUGGAAAGUGCACCUACACAAGACUGAACCAUUCAAUUCAUAGAGUGAGGGGUGAAAUAUAAAAGCUACUUAGAUGGUUUUACCAAAAUAAAUGGAGAAACAAACUACAAAUUUGUAAAUGUUGUGACAUGAUAAUGACAAAGGUAAUUCUUUUCUAUGAAGGCCCUUGUCAGGCCUAUGUUGCAAUGUGUCCUUUUUAGAACUGAGAGCCCUUGCUAAAUUGGUCAGUCAGAAGCCAUUUAAUGGUGUUGCAUGUUUCAUUUGCCGUGGAUAGAUAGUGAAAGGUGUUAUUCUGCCUUUGGACUAUUAACACUGAAUGAGAGAGCUAAUGACCAGUAUUAUAGCAAGCAACAACUUAGAUCACUUUAAGUCAUAUAGCCUAUAACUUAUUAUUUUUUCCAAAGUUCAAGCUGAGAUUUUAAAACAUUUUAAAUGAGCUCUCUAUGGAUGGAAGCAAUUCCCUAUCCUUCAGUUUGUAAUGGAAACAAAAAAGACAUGACAGAAAUUACUAGGCUACUGUGUUCUUAGUUGGUUUCACACAUUUUAAAUAUGCCCAUGGAGUGUCAUCUCAAAACAUCAGUCUUGAAGAAUCCGAUUGCUGUGAUAUUAUCAAAAUGAUAAAUUAUAGCAAGUUACCGAAAGUUUAAAUCAACGUUAUAUUUUUAAGUUACACGUGUACACACAGUUUUACGGUAGUCUCCUUUCACAGCGGCCAAAUCCGUUCAGCCAUAGCAAUUUAGCAGCAUUUGCUGCACUGUGUACAGGGAUACGCAACCUGCGGUAACCACAUCGCUGGGAGGGGUUGACGGAACCCGUUAGUUUGCUAUCUCAGCCUGCUCAUGAAACCCACGGAUAUGCCAAAGGAGGGAGCGGAGAUGACAGAAGAAACUGAUCAUAUGAUAGAGAAAAAUUGCGCUAAAGAAUCAGAGAAUGUCGCGUCUGCGGGGGAUGCCAAAGAAAUGCGCGUCGUAGUGCUUACUGGCUUUGGGGGUCUGAACAAACUCCGGGUAACCAAGAAACCGAUGCCAGACCCACAGGAAGGAGAGGUCAAAAUUCGGGUUAAAGCAUGUGGCUUGAACUUUGUGGACCUCAUGGUUCGACAAGGAAAUAUUGAUAACCCUCCAAAGACUCCACUUGUACCUGGUUUUGAAUGCUCAGGAAUAGUGGAAGCGAUGGGAGACAACACGACAGGAUUUGAGAUUGGUGACCGGGUCAUGGCAUUUGUGAAUUACAAUGCUUGGGCUGAGGUGGUCUGUUCACCACUGGAUUUUGUCUACAAAAUCCCAGAUGAUAUGACUUUCACUGAGGCUGCAGCCUUUUCCAUGAACUUUGUGGCCGCCUACAUGAUGUUGUUUGAAGUUGCCAAUCUCCGGGAGGGCAUGUCAGUCUUGGUUCACUCAGCAGGAGGAGGUGUGGGUCAAGCUGUUGCUCAGCUCUGCUCAACCGUUCCGAACGUCACCCUGUUUGGGACCGCCUCACCCUUUAAACACGAGGCCAUCAAAGACUCGGUGACUCACCUGUUCGACAGAAACAUCGAUUAUGUGCCAGAAGUGAAAAAGAUCUCUCCAGAGGGGGUAGACAUUGUCCUGGACUGCUUAUGCGGAGAGAACACUGGGAAAGGCCUUGGCCUUCUAAAGCCCCUGGGCACAUAUAUCCUUUAUGGCUCAUCAAACAUGGUAACUGGAGAGACAAAAAGUUUCUUCAGUUUUGCCAAAUCUUGGUGGCAAGUGGAGAAGGUCAACCCCAUUAAGCUCUAUGAGGAGAACAAAGUAAUGGCCGGGUUCUCGCUCCUAAAUCUCCUCUUUAAGCAGGGUGGAUGCAGCCAGGUGAAGAACGCAGUCCACAAACUCUUUUCCCUUUACAACCAGCAGAAGAUAAAACCUCUCGUAGACUCCCUGUGGGCACUGGAGGAGGUGAAAGAGGCUAUGCAGAGAAUCCAUGACAGAGGCAACAUAGGGAAACUAAUCCUGGAUGUGGAAAAGUCCCCCACCCCUUUGAUGGCUAAUGAUAGCACAGAGACCAGUGAGGCAGGCGAAGAGGAGGAAGAACAUGAGGGGGACAAUGACAACAAGGAGCGCAUGCCCUUUAUCCAGUAAGCCCUGAGCACUACACUGGGGCCUAAGGAGAGCCGGAGGAACCAGAGACUAUUCCAGGACCUGAACUACGCACCCGUGAAUCCAUGCUGUUGUACAGUGUAUGAGUGUGUGUGUUUGUACUGUAGUUGCGUUGUCGACUAGUUUCAUCAACAUGUGACAUGUUUGAAAGCAAACUUAUGAAAAAUGUUUCAAAACAUAUGUUUUGACUACACAAAAAUUCAAACAAAAGUGCCAUUCUCCAAUGCAGUGUUGAAAUAUAUUUUAGUUGCCAAUCAAAAUAUUGUUAGGUGGUUAUCAGUUUCCGUGGUGUUGGGGGGGGGGGGGAGAGGGGGGGUCUGCACCAGUAGGAGUUUGGAUCUUGUUGUUUUGAUAUGAGAGUGAGUGAGUUGCCAAGUGAAAAAAGAAAAAAUAGUAGAAUAAACACCUUUUAAAAGAUUUCAGUGGAAGGAUGACAGUACUGUGUUUGACUCUUAUGUGAUACUUCUGAAACUUAUUUCUUAAAAACACAACCUGAUAUAGGAACUCACCGUUCAUUUAUGCAUUCUUGCAUUAAACAUUAACUUCUGUUAUGUGCCACUUAGCAUUUGACUUAAUCCAUCCUGCAGUAGUAAAAAGGACAACUGCUAGUGCCUUUGUGUUGUCUUGGAGUUGAAUAUUUCGAACUACUUUCCCCUCAUUCCUUGUCAUUCUGUAGAGCCUUAAUUUACAUAGCAUACCCUGUACACUGUAUUUCAUGUGGUAUUUGUGUGAUUAGAUUUUUGAUUAGCUUCUGUUAAAGGGCAACCUCCUAGCCUUAUUCUAUUUCGAGACAAAAAAAAUCAGUGUGGCAGUGAGUGAUUGUCUUUAAUUUAUUCCUUUGCAUUGUUGCCAUGCUGUGUCAUGUUUACUGUACCUUCUGGUGCCUCUGCAUGUAGUGCCACACAGAAAUGACAUAGGCCAUUUUCACAUCAUGAAAAGCUAACCCUGCUAGAACAUUCCACUCACAUGAAGCAAAAUAUUUUUAUGGUCCAAGUCUGUUAUUCUAUUUGUGCCAGAAAUGCUUCAUCGUGCAUUGUGCAGAAUGCACAGACAAUUCAGACUGACUGUGUUUAAGUAUUACUCAGUAAGGUUCAUAUUGUAAACUUUAUUACCGGUACACACAAACCUUUUUACAACAAACUCGUAGUUUUAACCUAAGUGUUUCUAGUUCACCUAAUGUGGUUUAGAUUUAAUCAAUAAGUUCUAGAAUUACCUCAGGUGAGCAGAAUCACUAGAGGCGAUUAUGGUUAUUAAUUUUGUUGAGAAGGUUCUACUUCUGAAUGAUCCAUUGGAAUAUCAAAUCAGGAACAAUUUUAAUGACUUUCAAAUCACCCUUCAGAAGAACUACAUUUGUCUUCAGUCAGUUACAGAUGAACUCAGAGCAGAUCAUUAGAUAUCAAAAUAUGCUUGAUGUACAAAGGUGCAGAUGAAGGAUCUAUAGCGCACAAGAAUCUGACUGUGUCCCCUCUCUGUUUGCCUUUGUGUAGUACUGUGGACAAAUAUUCUGUUUGUGAGUGACAGAGUGAAAGUGUGAGAGUAAUGUUUUGUCAGAAUGGGUAAUCCAUUUGCCUUAAAAAAUAAACAUUAAAAAAAUAGUAGUCAUAUAUGGCUAUUUCAUAGGAUGUGUCCAGGUGCAUAUAGAUGAGAAAAUAUCAACAAAUGUGUGUGUUAGUCUUUUCUUGUGUUCUGCUUUACUUAUGUUGUUUGUAGGCAUCCUGUUCUUUUCACCUUAAUAAAUGGAUCUGCAUAGCAAA